GUGCACCGCUCCGUUCCCGUUCCGUUCCCGUUCCGUUCCCCACGUGUCUCGCUACCGGCGCUGCGGGACGAGCCGUGGCUGCCAUGCUGCUCCGCGCCGCCGGCUGCUGCCAUGCCGCUGCCUCCCGGCCCGGCCCCGUUUGGCUGCGGGGUGCGGCGCACCGCGGGCUCCCGCUUGGCAGCCGCCCUCUGGGCCUGCCCCUGGCUCGGCCUGCCGGGGGACGGCGGCUGCUGAGCGGCUGCGGGGCGCUCCCUGAGGUUGCGUCUUUUCAAGGGGUAGCAGUUCGCAGCCUCAGCACAUCUGCCCCUUCUGACCACCCAGAACAUGGAAGAUUGGUUUAUAAAGGAAACUUAGCAAAAGCAGUGUUAGGUGUGAGAUUUUUCUCUUACUCCACCAGCAUAUUCAACCUGUUCAUGGCACCCUACCUCAUACUGAAAACUGGUAUUGGAUUUGACAGCCUGCUUCUACAAGCUGCAUUUUAUGGGGUGAUAGGGUUUUUUACAUUCGUUACUCCAGUUACUUUGCAUAUCCUUACAAAGGGCUAUGUAAUUCGACUCUAUUAUAAGGAGGAAAUGGACACGUACACAGCUAUUACGUACAAUGCAAUCUUGGCAGAAAAAGCAACUGUCUUCCAUCAGAAAGAUGUAAAGAUUCCAGACAUCACCAAGAUGUUUACAACAUUUUAUGCUAAAACUAAAUCAAUGCUUGUUAAUCCAACUCUUUUCCCGGAUCCUCAGGAUUACAACCGUCUCAUGGGCUACGACAAAGCCUUUUGUUUUGAUUUCGAGCAGGUAGAGAAAGAUGGUGAAAGAAAAUAAUUUAAAGAAAAGGAAUGUCACUUAAUGUUCAUUGUGCACUACUACGAAUGUGAAAGAAAGUUAAACUGUAUUGCGGUUUCUAAAGUAUCAGGUAACAUUGGAGAUUCGUAAGUUUUGGAAUGUACUAAUUUUUUUUUAAGCCUGUAAAAAACAUGUAGAGCUUCUUCAGAGUUAACAGCACAAAAUACAUUGAAAAAGCUUCUGUUUUUCUUGUGCUUGUUCUUGGUUUAUUUUUUAUUAUUAACUAAGCAGGAGAACUGUUACAUGCAUGGACUGUUCUGCACACUCACCAUCUCUGCUUUAAUAGGAACGAUUCAUAUAAAAAAAAUCUGGAAUGUUCAUUACCUGUCAAGCACAUUGUAAGUUUUUAAGAUUAGAGAGAAACUGUACUUAACACAGAAAGGUCGGGCUCUUUAAUGGACACUACUUUUCAUCCCAUGAGAGUAGGGUUGGCCUUCACUUCAAAAGACAGGCAGAUAUUACUGCUAACUCCUCUUGUAGCCUCCUUUUAGAGGUCUGUGGGUCUCUGGAAAUGAUGGAAAGAAUAGCUGGGUCACAGCAAUCACUAUUCACAGCUACUUAAAUGGUUUCCUGGGAUAGAAUCACACUCCCAAGCAGCUCCAUUCCCAGAGAUGGAAAAGAAGUAAGGUCUAUGCCGUGAAAAUCUUGCUAAGACAAAUAUUUGUACUGAUUUGAAGUACAAGCAUCUAGUGGUAUAAAUGGAUUCUUUCGGCAUUUAUGAAAGCCAGGGAAACGAAAGGGAAUCUCCUGCAGAAUACUCUUUAGAGCUUGUGCCUUUAAAAUAUAUGUCUUGAUUUUUAACUCUGCAAAGGAAGUCACAUUUAGUUCAAGUGAAGAGUAUAAGAUCUUCUCAUGUGACUAAUUUGUUUGAAUUAGUUCUGUACUGUGUGGAAAUUGGGUUUGAAUGUUUUUGAACCAAGCAGAGGUUUGUCACAUAAACUGACAGAUCCUUGUGUACAAAUAACGAAGGACCUGAAAAUUUUGAGGCUUAAAAAAUUAUUGAAUUAAAAAAGAAUAUGUGCAGAAUUCAAAUUGAUUCAUAUUAGCAGCUUUAUUUGGAAAAGCCUGAUCUAUCGCUGUUAGGCCAAUAUCACUUGAUAAGUAAGCGGUUAUAUAUUUUUGUAUGUUUAAUGCAUUAUACUGAAGGCAGGAGGCCAGUAAUAAGUAAUUCUAAUCAUGUGAUUAUGGUACUUGUUUAAGUCAUGUUUUACACCAAAUUAAACAUUUGUAUGUUGUUUUCAUGUCGGAUGUGUUAAUUCCUGCUUGUGCUCAUGUGUAAAGUUAACUUCAUCUUUGAAUGCCAAAGAGGAAGAACAGGAAGGAGUUUUGAAGAGUCAAUAAAAGGAAGGCCCCAA